CUGAGGGCUGCGAAGCCCGGGCAGCAUCACUAGCAUAUCCUGCGUGUUUGGUAAAUCAGCCUCAGUCUAUAAUUAGGCUGACAUCUGACAGUAUGACACACGUUCCUGAAAUUGCUAGGCUGGAACAGAAAUCAAAGUUUCAGAUAAGUGAAGUGGAAAGUUACCCGGAGCCCUAAACUAAACACAACAGCAGGAAAGUAAAAAUGGAUGAAAGGAGUAACUCGCGUAGCAGCGGCAGAGAGUCGGCCGCCCACAGGCUUGGAUCGGCGGACAGAGAGGAGAGGAGAUCUGGGGGACGAUCAGAGCUCCUAAUGUAUCUUACCUGCCUCCCGGAGAGAUACCGGAACGCCAAGUUCAGCCUGGCGGCUUACGUGCUGUGCUGGGCUCUGCUGAGGUGGUACCAGAAACUCAGAUGCCAAUCUGCUUCUCCAAAGACUCAGGAAGCCCUUGAAGACUCCCCUCACCACUCGGAUGGAUUAGGCUUAGAGGAGGGGGAUUUGGGAGCCGAUUCCCAGGAAUGGUGUAAGAGAAGCGUUGGGGGGGGCGACACGUCAGAUGAGUAUUUUGACUCUCGCUCAUGGCACAGCGACACCCUGUCAGAUCUGAGUCUAGACGGCGAGGACUGCCUGGGGGUGCUGUUGGGAGCAGAAGAGACCUAUGCUGGUCGGCGAGCAGCAGGCUUCAACCUCCACACCAGACAGAGUAAAGCACGGCGGAGAGAGUCUGUUACAGGAAGGGACGCCCACAGAGACACUCUGGAGACUCAUAUUGGACAGCCCAGUUGUAACAGGAGGAAAAGCCCAGAGAACCAUGUGGAUACAGUACACAGUACAGACAUCAACCUGGAGCUCAGCCCUGGGGAACUUGGCUCGGUUGAGAUUCAACCCCCUCUGAGUACAGAGAAACUAAGCUCAGACUCACAUCACAACCAGUCCAGUUUACAAGCUGUUUGCAUGGACACACAAAUCAAGCACAGCACAGAGACGGACAGUUUACAUGUACAAAGCCAACAUAACACAGAUGCCGUUGAUACAGAGGUAAAUACCCUGCCAGGCACUCAGGAAGUGAAUGUGCAAGCGCAGCCUGGAGAAAGCUAUACUAGCAGACAGAGAAGAUCCAUAGAUUCAGACACAUGCACAAUACAAAUAGACAGCACAGACAGGAGUGUGGAGACACCACAGCAACAAAACACAGUGGGACAAGACACAAGGUUUCACACAGCAAACACAAUUGUAAAUAAGAGCACAGAUAGAGUAGAGAUAUGCAAUCUUCAGGAUGCGGAAGUCAAGAGUAUAGAUCUGCUGAGCACUUACUCUGUAGAAAAAUAUAUAGAUUCAUACACAGACAGCAGUGACUGUAAUGAUAGACAUAAUAGACAGGGAAGGAGUGGAAGUCAUCAAGGUUUAAUCAGUGAAACUAGAGAGAUACAUGACAAAGUGCACAAUGACAAGAAAAGGGACUUGUGUGGGAGUUUGGAGACAUAUUGCUUAAAAACACAAAGCAAAAUAGAGAGAAGCUGUAUAGAUAAUGUGUACAGAUUAGAUACACAUUUCACAGAUGUAAUUAGUACACAAAAAUCCAAGUCAUGUACACCCACGCAGAGGUACCACACACUUGACUCAAAACACGCAGACUCAAAGCUAAUUACAGAGUCUGUUUUGACACAUGCUGACUUUGCAAAAGCACAUGCCUCAACCAUUAAUAUUGUACCACAUAAAGACACAUUUGGCACUGUCAUCAAUUUGCCAGCUGUAUUUAGCUGUUCACGUAGUCCAUGCGAGGAGAGCCCCAACAGAGUCCUGUCAGAGAUCCACCCUCAGGUCAGUGCAAGUACAACAAAACCCAAUGAUGAGGCGUGGGUAUCGGGUCUCGCCUACCAGGCAGAGCAUGGUGGGUCUGCUGGGGCUACAACAGAGGGGACUACAUCAUCUGGGACAGUAAAUGAAAUCUGUUCCUCUAUUACAUUUUCCACAGAGACCACAAACCUUUUUCCAUUAGAUUCCUGCACUGCUGGCCUGUCUGCAGUUCAAGAGAUAUCCCAGCUCACCUCACCUGUACUCUUGGCUGGCUCAGACAGGAAGGAGUUCAUAGAGAAGCAACCAGAUCUAAAACAAAAACAAACUCAGAACUCAAGGUCACAUCCUUGGCAAGUUACAGGUCAAACCCAGGGUUUGAUUCCUAAGCACUUGAACCACAGUGUUGCUGUGAUAGAAAUACCCACGCACAGGCAGCUUCCACCAGACGAGAAACUGUUGGAUAAGGCCCAGUCAGGCUCUGUACAACUAGGGCCAGCUCAAACCCAGUCUGACACUGGUAAACGGUCCGAAGAAUGUCUGUCUUCUCACCCCCUUUCAGAUAACUCACUAGUUUUCUCUAACAACCUAGGAACAGAAGAUUUCUCCUCCCUGUUAUCAGGGAUGUCCGAGGGAGAGGGUAGGAGGGCAGGAUCACUCUCUCUUCCCUGGGAAAAUAAGGAGCUGGAGGGGAAAGGCAGUUGUGACUAUCUUGAUCAGGGACAAGUUGUAAAAGUUAGCACAGUCAGUCCCACGCAGUCUAACACUGGCACAACAGAGUUAUCUGAGCACAACAGCCUGGGAGUCAUUCCCAUAGCACUCUCCAAUGAUCCAGAUGCUUAUUCUACUCAGCAUGUGUUUAUUGAGAUAGGAAAAACAUCAGCAGGUCCUACUGCUACUGAGCCUAUUCGGGACAAUCGCACAGAACAGCCAGAUCAAGAGGCCAGUUCCUUGACAAACAUAGAAACCACUGUCAGCACAUUUUCUAGUCUUUGCGAGCAAGUCCAGCUGGAGAUAAAGAUUCCUCAAACUCUCUGCAGUGCGGAGGCCUCUCUUUCUUUGUUGUCAGAUUCCAACAAUAAUACCAAGGCCAGUGCAAAGGGGGUGGAGAGAGGUAAGACUGCAGCCUGGUUCUCACAGGGAACCUACCAUAGCUUAGAAAGUAUAGAGAAAACAGUCCCCCUCCCAGUUGAGCCAUCAACACAAGUGACCUUUAACCUUUUGGAUGUUGUGGACAAGCCCCAGGAAGAAUCGGAGUUGUUCCUGUCAUCACUGGACUACAAACCCUAUUUGAGCAGUGAGGAGUCAGCUGGGCUGGGGGAAGUCCUGGACAGGCACCAUCAUUUUAGCCUCACUGAACUGGAGGACCUAGGAAAACUUCAGAGAGAUAACAGUAUUAAGGAUGCAACUGUUUACACCCAAAUAGACAAUGUCUGUGGGAAUGUUGUAGAAAAUCUAGAUGCAAAGUGUUCUUACUCAAACACACACAAAAAAGAAGGCCUUAAGCCCUUAGUAUCAUAUUUAGAGAGUACAGAUUUGUUAUUGGGUAGCAAGUGCAAAGAGAAAGGUCAGUACUAUAGCCAGCCAUGUACUCACACAUCUGAAAGAAGAAGAAGCAGCUCAGUAGAAUCAUUUGAAGAAAAUACAUUGAUUGAGGAGUAUGGGGAGUACACACAGACAUGCUCACCAGUUCCUUGGCAUGGUGUGAGGAUAGUCGGGUACCCACACUCUGAUGUAAGCCUCAACCUCCUCACUCUUAGUAACUUAGAGCCAAUUCUGGAGGCUGAGCGUCCACAGGAGAAUUCUGGGAUAGCUGAGGAUGAAUCAAAAAUUGAAACAAAUAAAAAACAUGAGAACAUGAGGCCUGCUGAGAAAGACAGGGAUAUUGUUGAUCUUUCAGGGGACAUGUUCAUUCCCAAGAGUCCACACUGCCAACCAGAGCAUGAAGAAGAAACUUUAACUACUGCUGAGUUAGAGCCUCUUUUGAACCUGGCAAACCCAGAACCUGAUAACCUCAGAAUUCUGCCUGUGCUACGAGAGAGUAGUGACAUACACUGUAGGCCCAUGACUGUGUCCUACAACACAACUAGCACCAACAGUGAAGAAACAGAUGAAUUUGGCCUUCCCAUUUCAUCCCAGAAUGCCAGCCUUGACAAAAUGGCAAAGAAGAGCAAAAUAAAAGGCAACCAGAUGGGAAACAAGGGCUCAAAGUUUUCCGUCUUUGCUAAGAUGCCUUCUUUUAGGAAGGCUAAGAGCUGGAAGGGUGUCAAGGGUGAGGAGUCAUCUAGGGAGUUAUCUGAUGGAGGAGAUGAGUCGUUCUUGUGUAGGUCCCGUCUUCCUGAACAGGAGGGGCAGGGGGACAACUCAGAUGAUGAGGUCUUUGUCAAGGGCAGUAUCAUCCAGAUGGGCCAGCAGACUGAUGAGGAGGAGUAUGGUUUCUUCCCAUCCACCCCACGCACCCGCCAUGUCCGCCAACUCUUCAGCCAAGGGGGUGGUGGGGAGGGCAAAGGAGCACUCAGCCCAGACAGCCCCCAUAUCCGACAGGCCCAGUCACCUGACGGACAAAACUAUAAGAGAAGUAAGAGUAAUGAUAGUCUGAACAUCCGCCUGCGCUUUGCCCAAGCCCACAAGUCCCUCUCCAGCCUGUUUGAGUCACGCUCCAUGGAUAAGGAGAAUGACGAGCAGGUUAGUUUGGGCACUGAAGGGGAUUCUAGUAAAGCCAAACAGUCCUGGAGGAAGCUUAAGAAAACCAAGGAGGCUGAGCUACUGAGAAGGACUCUCUCAGUGCCAGAUGGAGAAUGCAGCAGAACUGUUCCUGGCCAGAACCAUGGGGACUUAAUGUCUUCUUCACUCAUCGACAGGCUUAGCAUCUCAGGGUCACCAACUUCCCUCAGGACACUUUGCCACACUGAUCCCCUCUCCAAACGCAGGGUCCCACAGGGUAAUGGAAAGGCUAUGCCACAGGGCUGCAGAUCUGAGGGCCAGAGGAGAAAAUGCUCACCGAAUAGUCUCCCAAUCACAUUGUCUGAAUCUGUCCUGCCUUUGCUCUCAGAUGACUCUGAGGUCCCACCACCCAAUGACACCAGCCCCUUUUCACCCUUGAGUCCCUGCUCACCGGCCACUCUGUCUCAGAAAUAUUGUCCAUUCUCGGCCAGGUCCCCCUCAGUAGCUAGUGUGGGUCUGACAGAAAGCCCUCUACGGCCGAUGAGCCCUAAACCCAACAGCCCCAGGCCAGCAGCCCAGCGCAGAGUUUUCCGCUACCCACAUUCAGCAAGGACCAACACCCUCUCCCCUAUCCUUCUGGGCCAGUCGGUAAGCGUGGAGGGCUUGACAGACCCUCCUGAGAGGCCAAAGACUCUGAAGCCCACAGCUAGUCCUCUGGGUCUUUCGCUCAGCCCUCUGGAUGCAGCUGAGGGCAGAAUUGACAGCCAGUCACACAUCAGCCUGUAUACUGUUGGCUCCAUCAGUGCAUUAGAGGGCACACAAAAUGGUGGACGACCUGCUAGCCAAUCCAGAACACGGAGGCUGUUGGAGGCGAAAGGUGAUGUGAAGGUCUCGGUAGUCCCAAGUGGGCUGAGGACCGCUUACUUGGUGGAUAUGGGCCAGCAUCAACGGCAACAUUGUUCAGAUGACCUCUGGAUUGAAGAAGAAAAGAAACGCAAGCGCAAAUUGGCCAGAGCUGUGAGGGGGAGCCUGUGUCAACUCUGCACACUGUUACCUGAAGACCUGGAUAAAAUGCGUGGGGGAGUCACUUUGGAGCCCAUGGAGGCCCUUCGGGGCAUGCCCCUCAAGGCCCACUGCUUCUCCCAGAGUACUCCCAUUGGACUUGAUUGCCUGGGCUGGAGAAGACGUAUCUCUUACCCCUCGGUGGUGGUUCCUGAUGGGGCGGCAGAUAAGGCCGGGCUUGGAGAUGAGCUCGGCAGUGAAGAGGAUUUGCUGUAUGAAGAAUUUCGCAGCUCAGGACAUCGUUUUGGACACCCUGGAGGAGGAGGAGGGGAGCAGCUCGCCAUCAAUGAGCUCAUCAGCGAUGGCAGUGUGGUGUACGCUGAGGCCCUUUGGGACCAUGUUACCAUGGACGACCAGGAGCUGGGCUUCAAGGCUGGCGACGUCAUUGAAGUAGUGGACGCCACCAACAAGGAGUGGUGGUGGGGUCGCAUCAUGGACAGUGAGGGCUGGUUUCCUGCCAGCUUUGUACGGUUGCGUGUGAACCAGGAUGAGCCCAUGGAGGAGUAUCUAGCCCAGCUGGAGGAGGCACAGGCUGGAGAGGAGGACCGGGCAGGGCUGGGCUUGUUCCUCGGGCCAGGCUUGCCCUGCAAGGAGCAGAUGAGGACUAAUGUCAUCAACGAAAUCAUGAGCACAGAGAGGGACUACAUCAAGCACCUGAAAGACAUCUGUGAGGGUUACAUCAAACAGUGCCGCAAGAGGACGGACAUGUUCACUGAAGAGCAACUUCGUACCAUUUUUGGCAACAUCGAGGAAAUCUACCGUUUCCAGAGGAAGUUCCUGAAAGGACUGGAGAAGAAGUUCAACAAGGAGCAGCCACACCUCAGCGAGAUUGGAUGCUGCUUCCUUGAACAUCAAACAGAUUUCCAGAUCUACUCAGAGUAUUGCAACAACCACCCCAACGCAUGUGUCCAGCUCUCCAAGCUUAUGAAGGUCAAUAAGUAUGUGUUCUUCUUUGAGGCCUGCCGACUUCUCCAGAAAAUGAUAGACAUUUCCUUGGAUGGCUUCCUGCUCACACCUGUUCAGAAGAUCUGCAAGUACCCGCUGCAACUGGCUGAACUGCUCAAAUACACCAAUCCACAGCACAGGGACUACAAGGACGUGGAGGCUGCCUUAAACGCCAUGAAGAAUGUGGCCAGGCUCAUCAAUGAGAGGAAACGUCGCCUGGAGAACAUUGACAAGAUUGCCCAGUGGCAGAGCACCAUAGAGGACUGGGAGGGUGAAGAUGUCCUGAGCAGGAGUUCUGAUCUUAUCUUCUCUGGGGAGUUGACCAAGCUCUCCCAGCCUCAAGCCAAGAGUCAACAGCGAAUGUUCUUCCUCUUUGACCAUCAGAUGGUAUACUGCAAAAAGGACCUUCUACGCCGGGACAUGCUGUACUACAAGGGUCGGAUGGACAUGGAUCAGAUGGAGGUGACUGAUGUGGAGGAUGGCAAGGAGAAGGAUUUCAACAUCAGCGUGAAGAAUGCUCUGAAGCUGCGAUCGUUGGCCAGCGAUGAGGUUCACCUCCUGUGCACCAAGAAACCUGAGCAGAAACAACGCUGGCUUCGAGCUUUUUCUGAUGAGAGGAGACAGGUUCAGCACGACCGUGAGACAGGCUUUUCUCUCACUGAAGUCCAGAAGAAGCAGGCCAUGUUGAAUGCCUGCAAAAGCCAUCCUGCUGGGAAGCCCAAAGCGGUGACCAGGCCCUACUAUGACUUCCUCCUGCGACAGAAGCACCCAUCUCUUCCCACCGCUUUGCCUCAGCAGCAGGUCUUCAUGCUGGCUGAGCCCAAGCGCAAAACCUCCACCUUCUGGCACAACAUUGGCAGACUGACACCUUUCAAGAAGUAAAACAGGGGAAAAAGAAGAAUGAAAAAAGAAAGAUGGGUAGAAGGAACAGACGAGGAAGCAGAGGAGGAAGAAGAGAGCUCUCUGCUCGUGCCUGAAUUGACCCUUUUUAAUUCUUCCUCUCUUUUCUUUCCUGUUCGUAAUGUUGCCCUAAUUAAUAUACUGAUUUAUUGUCAAGAUGAAGAUGAUUAUGAGGAUGGGGAGGAUAUUAUUUUUUUGAAAGCACUUUAUAGGUUGGUUAACAAUCAGACUUGAGAAUGGUCUCCUGGAGACGUUGAGUGAAACGUUGGAGAGAGUGAACUGUUCUGUACCUUACUACUACUACACCUUCAAUCAAGCGCCGAUUGGUACUAAUACUACUACUGUACUGCUGCGAGUGACGCUGGGACUGACCAUUGGGCUGCUUCUCUGAAAGACGUUGCCUGUCGACAAAAAUGUGUCGUUGUUGUUUUUCCACUUGUUAUUUUGUUUUAUGAUUUGACAAAUGCCAACUGUUCACAGUGCCAGUUUGAUUUUUUUUUUUUUUUUUUAUGUAUUUGUUUGUUCUGUGUCUGCUUAUGAAAAAAAAAAGGGAACAAAAGGCGGAUAAAAGUUCCCGUGCUUUUCUCUGUGCAAAUAUAUCCAUAAUUUUCACAUCAUUUCAGCUGGGUUUUUUAGAGUUUCAUGUUUUCCAUCCGCAAGGAUUUGGUGUCAUAUUCCCAGUCCAUUUGUGGUUUUGUGCAAACACACUUGAUAAAAGGACAUCAAAUGCAGCCCAAAGAAUAUUCGAGUCAUCACAGAUUACUUUCUCCCACAUUCCAUGAGUCUGAUCCUCGACUCCUUACAUUUAACCCUGUCAAUGAAAGUACCGUAAUUUUAUUUCAUUGUUAUUAUUAUUAUUAUUAUUGUUGUUGUUGUUCAUUUUUUUGAAGUGCCAUUUGAAGUGUGUCAUGGAUGACUUACAAUGACAUGCAUGGAUGUGAUGGAAAAAAAAUACUGUGAAGAAUAUUUUUUUAUCUCUGAAGAACCCCUGCUCUAUUUAACCAGAUUCAGGAACUGAGGUUUCCUUGUGCUCCCUGGGUGAAAGCAUUGCACACAAAGACAUUAUUUUAUCUACCUGUAGUUAUUCUAUCACAAGUAGUCCUAUACUCAAUGUAUCUGGUCUCAAUCUCAUUUCAGAUCAAUGCAGCCCAGUGAUAUAGCUAUGUAAGUGCAUUCAGAGAAAUGUACUCCUUUCACCUUUAUGUUCAAAUGUUUUAGCUUAUAAGGUUAUGGAAUAUUAAAAAUUCCCAAGCUGACAAAUCA